AUGGCGCCAAAUGACAAAGCAGGCCGCGUGGUCUUCAUUGGCAAUAUACCCUAUGGCGGCACCGAGGAAAUGAUAGUCGAGACGCUCGGUCGAGUUGGACAGGUGAACAACUUCCGCCUAGUCUACGACAAAGAGACCGGCCGGCCUAAAGGCUUUGGCUUUGCAGAGUUCGCAGACGCAGACGCAGCAGCCUCGGCCGUUCGCAACCUCAACGACUACGAUAUAAUGGGCAGGAAGCUGAGGGUCGACUGGUCAAAUGAGAGCGGCUCCGGAGACAAUGCACCCCCAAGAGACAACCCACCACCAGCCAUGAAUGGCCAACCGCCUGCGCCAGCACCUGCACCGCAAUCAAGCGCGCUGGGCCCUCUACCACCAGGCGUCGAGCUGCCGCCCAAUCUGACCUGUCCCGACUCCAUCUCGCGAACGCUUUCCACACUACCCCCCGAUCAACUGCUGGACAUUCUCUCACAGAUGAAAGGCCUGGUCAUGACAGAUCCGGCAAAGGCAACAGAGCUCCUGCGCCAGGCACCUCAAUUGGCCUAUGCUAUUUUCCAGUCGCUACUCCUACUCCAGCUCGUCGACCCCACCAUCCUGGGCUCUCUCGUCGAGACAUCCGCAGCUCCUGCUCCAGCCGCCCAGCCAGCCCCGAUCCAACAACAACAGCCUGCGCUUGCCGCGCGACCACCCAUGAGCUACCCCUCGUACCCUCCACAAGUCGCACCCACACCGCCACAACCCCAAGCUGCUGUCUCGCAGGCGUACGCGCAGCCUCCUCCGCCACAGCAGUCACAGCAGCCGCCAGGCCAAAUGGACCAACAAGCGCUGUAUGCUCAAGUAAUGGCCUUGACACCGCAACAGGUUGAACAGCUACCUCCAGACUACCGCGCACAAAUCAUGCAGAUUCGACAGAUGCUUUCGGGUGGAGCAAGAUAA